AGUGAACGCGUAUCGAACCGGAGGGAGUGAAGGUAAGGUAAGGGAGAACGAUGGUGUCGUUGAAGCUUCAGAAGCGGCUCUCCGCCAGCGUUCUCAAGUGUGGUAGGGGCAAGGUCUGGCUUGACCCUAAUGAGGUCAAUGAAAUCUCCAUGGCCAAUUCUCGCCAGAACAUUAGGAAGUUAGUUAAGGAUGGCUUCAUUAUCAGGAAGCCAACUAAGAUUCACUCUCGCUCUCGAGCUAGGAGGAUGAAGGAGGCUAAGAGGAAGGGACGUCACUCUGGAUACGGUAAGCGCAAGGGUACCAGAGAGGCAAGGCUUCCCACCAAGAUCCUUUGGAUGCGGAGGAUGCGUGUCCUCAGGCGUUUGCUUCGCAAGUACAGGGAGGCAAAGAAGAUUGACAGGCACAUGUACCAUGAUAUGUACAUGAAGGUGAAGGGUAAUGUGUUUAAGAACAAGAGAGUCCUUAUGGAGAGUAUUCACAAGUCCAAGGCUGAGAAGGCAAGAGAAAAGACUUUAUCUGACCAGUUUGAGGCUAAGAGAGCAAAGAACAAGGCUAGCAGGGAAAGGAAAAAUGCUAGGAGAGAAGAGCGCCUUGCCCAAGGUCCUGGAGAGAAGGCUGCACCGGCUGCCCCAGCUGCAACAGCAGCCCAGCCAGCCCAAGCAACUAAGAAAUCCAAGAAGUAAGUCACAUCCGGAGAUUUGAAGGUGUAGAAUCUUUUAUGAGGCUGGCACCCUGAGUUACUGGGCUUAUGUAGUUUUGACAAAGUUUUUGAUUUAGACCGUGUUAGUUUAAUUUUGAACUUUAUGUUAAGUUGUACAUGUACAACUUGUAUGUUGGCAAUUUGUUUUUGCUAUACCUGGUAAUUUUGCUAUACCUGUUUUUGUGAAAUACUUGCUAUUUUUAUUUCAGCUAUGAAGUUUCUUGUCUAAA